AUGUUUUUGUUGAUCUUUCUACUGGCUAGCUACAACUCGAUAGCAUCCUCGUCGUCGAUUCUUGUCGACUUCACCAGCCAUGCUAUCCAGCCGACACCUCAAGCUUAUAUUAUUGAAUACAGUCCUCCAGUCGGAUAUCCUCCAUCUGGAUCCGCAGUUGAAGGAACCACAUUCCAUUCUCUCAUUAAUGGAACCAUAUCAGCAACUGAGUAUACGGUGUCGGUUAGUGCCAUUUUGAUGGAUGGAACAAGACAGAAUGUUGGAGAAUUGGCUGUCUUUAGUAGUCCCGAUGCUCCAACUCUUGACUCAAUUGAAACCACUGAACAUGAAGCAACCAUUUCCUAUUUUCCACCACAGGGACAAAAUAUCACUUAUCACAUAGAAUACUAUCCAGAAGAACAUAAAGAGUAUUCAAAUGCAAUCGACACAAAAGCAUCGCUUGUAAGACUUCGUGGUUUGGAUUCUGGAACAACUUUUCGGCUUCGAAUCAGAUCAGUUUAUCAGGGAGUUUUCUCUCAAGAACUCAUCGAUUCGACUUUUGUCACUCAAGGAACAGCCAACUAUGACUACUCGUCAUCUGCAGAAUUGUACAGUGUUCGAACUUUACCUCCAAAUUUCAAUCUUGGUUUGCAAACAACUACAGAAAUGACAUCAUACGAGUAUUCGAAGGAAGUCGAAGAGGAACCAUCUAUUACAACUCCAUUGGUCUCCGUGAUUACCACGACGUCUUCUCCAGAACCUUCUUUCUUCACUUCCACCAAAUUGGAACAAACUACCACCAAUCCAAUAACUACUGAAACUAUUCCACCUUCCACUACAACUUCAACUGAGGCUACAACAACAAUUAGAAUAACAACUACAACAACCAGCUUUAAACCGAAAGCUGCUCCAGUUGAGGUGAACUCGGGGGAUUUAGGAGAAGAUCAUCCAACUGAAAACUCAAAUGCGCUGGUAGAUCUAUCGGAAAUGUUUCAAGAAUACGGUCACCCAUCAGAAGUGUACUUGUCCAAUGAGAAUGAAAUGUUGAGACUCGACUGGGAAGCUCCUGAGAAUGCCAACUGUGAAGCCUUCUUUGUAAACUACACUAUUCUCACUCUCAGCCGACCACGAUCUUUCUCUUUGGCCACUUCUGAUGAGCAUGCGAAUAUCAAAAUGUUCCCAGAGCACACUUUGGAUAUUCGAGUCUUCUGUAUGCUGGCCGGCGCGUUGAGCAAGACAUGGUGGGCCCAUCGGAUUGCUCAUCUUUCAAAACCAAAGGCACUGGAGAAUGCUAGAGUUGCCGAAGUUAACACGGAUGAGUUCUACGUAGCAAGCAUCAAACUCAUGUGGGAUUGGCCAGUUUAUCAUGACUUUGAGAGAUACAAAAUUGUGAUUUCUUAUGGGAUAGGAAGGGCGGACAGCAAAGAAAUGGAGGUCACCAAUAAGGAAGAGUUUGUUUUGCUCGAUAAGUUGGAACCGUCUAAUCAGUACUCCAUCUCUGUAAGGAAUGCUUCAACUGAACUAUCCCUUACUUCAAAGGCAACGCAGUUGGAACAAGUCACCGCUCCAAUAAUCUCGUCAACAGUGUAUCCAGGUCAAAUUUCUUCGAAUUCUAUUAACAUCAACUUUGGUGAUUCGGACCCAGAACAAGGAAGAUUUGAUUAUUAUCUCUUGACAUUCAGUGGGAACAACAAGAACAUUUCUAAAAAAGUUGAAAUGGAACAUGAGUUAGUAAAAGGUUCUGGUUAUAAUUUACACUCUUCAUUUUCCAGAAAAUCCUUUACAUUCACUAAACUGAUUCCGGGAAAGACUUAUCAAUUCUCGGUGUACACAGUUUACAAAGGUGUCAAGAGUCGACCGGUAUCAGCUGAUAUCACAACAUAUCCUCUGAAAGUGAAUCAAUUAUUCCCUGUUGUCGGAAAGGAUUACGUAGUUUUGUAUUGGGAUAUUGAGAACUUUGCUGACUCGGAUUGUAGAUUCAGACUGAGUUAUAACGCGGACAAUAUUCCAACAGUGUCUGUAGAAUUGAAAGGAGCUAGUCGACAUAGAUUCUCAGGUCUCAAAGCUGAAGUAUACUACACUUUCACUAUCACAGUCAUCAUGGGAAUCGGCCAAGCUGCAGCGGAAAGUGAAUCUGAAAUGAUACGUCGAGAACUUGUUGUUGGAUUUGACAAUGAUUUAUCUGUUUUCUCAUUGCUCAAUGGAUCUCCUGAUAAUUUUGCUAUCAUUGUAUCGGAUGACACAUCUUUGAACGACGAUAACUACGAACUCAAGUCAUGGUUCGAGGUUAAAGAUGAGGAUGUUUGGGGCGCUUAUCGUGCUUCUCCAUCCACGUGGAAUCCGUUUGAUUCGGAAAGAGUCAGACGAGCAGCGUUCACUGUUGGAACUGAUGAUUGUGUGAAAAGGAAUCUAGAUGAACCGUAUUGUAAUGGAAUCCUGCGUGCCGGCACGGAUUAUCGAGUAAAGAUUCGAAUGUAUACGGAUACUAAAGUAGCUAUGGAAACUGAUUGGGGAAGGAUAGAAGGAGCAAAGGACUCGGACGACGAGGAAGAAGAUGAGGAAGAUGAAGAAGAUGAUCGACGUUUCCCAUGCCACAUGUAUCUGAAUGGUUGUCGUCGGAAAGCUGCAAACAAUAGAUUAUCUCUUAUCCCAUUCUUUAUUUCCAUUCUUAUUACCUUCUUCCUUUUCUAG